CGGGUCUGUUUUUAUUUAUUUCUUUGUUUCAUGUAGCAUUAAAACAACAACAAUGGUGGAUAAUUGGAAGGGAGUGGGAAUAUCAGGAUGAGCGGAUGACAUUUCCAGUCACGGGUUUUUUUUUUUACAAGAGCGAUAUCACACGUGAAUAAUCAACAGGGGGGAGGAUGAAGCGGCGCAAUGCGGACUGCAGCAAACUCCGACGGCCGUUAAAACGGAACCGAAUCACCGAGGGUAUAUAUAGCAGUACCUUCCUGUACCUGAAGUUCCUGGUAGUGUGGGUCUUAGUCCUGCUGGCUGACUUUGUGCUGGAGUUCAGAUUUGAGUACCUGUGGCCCUUCUGGCUCUUCAUCCGGAGCGUCUACGAUUCCUUCAGAUAUCAGGGGCUGGCGUUCUCCGUCUUCUUCGUUUGUGUGGCGUUUACGUCAGACAUCAUAUGCCUCCUCUUCAUCCCGGUUCAGUGGCUGUUUUUUGCUGCCAGCACCUAUGUAUGGGUCCAGUACGUCUGGCACACAGAAAGAGGAGUCUGUCUACCCACAGUAUCACUGUGGAUCCUGUUUGUGUACAUCGAAGCUGCAAUACGGUUCAAAGACCUCAAGAACUUUCAUGUAGACUUGUGUCGCCCCUUCGCUGCUCACUGCAUCGGCUACCCCGUAGUGACACUAGGCUUCGGCUUCAAGAGCUACGUUAGCUACAAGAUGCGGCUGAGGAAACAGAAGGAAGUGCAGAAAGAAAACGAGUUCUACAUGCAGCUUCUACAGCAGGCUUUACCGCCAGAGCAACAGAUGCUGCAGAGACAAGAGAGGGAGGCGGAAGAAGCUGCCUUGGCUAAAGGGAUCUCGGAGGCAGAACCCACAGUAGUGUCACAGAACGGAGCGCCGACUGGAAAGAAAAGCACCUCGGUGCCGCUACCAGAACUGGAGUACCGGGAAAAAGGGAAGGACAGUACUGGGAAAGAGCGGGAAGGCAAAAAACAGAACACAGUUGGAAUCAAUAACAACAGCAUUAUUCACGCACUGGACUCCAAACUGCAGGAGGCAGAGUACAUUGAGAAUUACGUCGGGGCAAAGAGACUGAAUACCGACCUGGCAGGGGAGAACACACACACCGACAGCAACACACACACCGCGUCCAAAGAGGAGAUGGGCGGGACGGGGAAGAACUACAAAAACGCCAGCGGGGGAAGCAACUCGUCCCCACGGAACCACGUCUCGGCCAACGGCAGCGUGCCGCCGGGCUCCUCCACCAGUAAGAAUGAGAAGAAGCAGAAGGGGGCGGGGAAGGGCCAGAAGGACCCGGUGGAGAACUGCAUCCCCAACAACCAGCUGGGCAAGCCCGACGUUCUCGUGCGGCUGGAGCAGGAUGUGAAGCGUCUGAAGGCCGAUCUGCAGGCCAACAGGCAGCUGGAGUCCGAGAUGCGCAGUCAGCUGUCGUCCCUGAGCAGCCAGGACCGCAGCCUCCGCUCGGAGCUGGGCCAGCUGCGCCAAGACAACGAGCUGCUGCAGAACAAGCUCCACAGUGCCGUCCAGGCAAAGCAGAAGGACAAGCAGACCAUCUCCCAGCUGGAGAAGAGGCUGAAGGCGGAGCAGGAGGCUCGGGCUCUGGUGGAGAAACAGCUGGCCGAGGAGAGAAAGAGGAAGAAGAUGGAGGAGGCCACGGCGGCCCGGGCCGUCGCCUUAGCUGCCGCCACCCGAGUGGAGUCGACCGAUUCUCUCCGCGGCCGCAUCAGAGAGCUGGAGACGGAGUGUAAGAAGUUCAGCAUGGACAUGAAGCUGAAGGAGGAGCAGAUUCGAGAUCUGGAGGGGAAGUGUCAGGAGCUGCGCAAGUACAAAGAGAACGAGAAGGACACGGAGGUGCUGAUGUCGGCGCUGUCGGCCAUGCAGGAGAAGACGCAGCACCUGGAGAACAGCCUCAGCGCCGAGACCAGGAUCAAGCUGGACCUCUUCUCUGCACUGGGCGACGCCAAGAGGCAGCUGGAGAUCGCUCAAGGUCAGAUCCACCAGAGGGAGCAGGAGAUCGCCGAGCUGAAGCAGAAGAUAGCGGAGGUGAUGGCGGUGAUGCCCAGCCUCUCGUACUCGUCGGACGGCAGCAGCCUGAGCCCGGUCACGCCGCACUACUCCUCCAAGUUCAUGGACAAUAGUCCCUCCUCCCUGGACCCCAACGCCUCAGUCUACCAGCCGCUCAAGAAGUGACUCUGACUGCCGCCCGUUGGACCGGACAGAACUCUCCCUGUCUUUGUUUCGGUUGUUUUUGAGUUUUUAAUUCGAGGUUUACCAGGCAGCCCCUGACAGGUUUUGCACUCUAACGUACCACACAGUGCACACAACCCCUCCACACUCACACGGACUCCUCUUUUCUUUCGUUCUAUUAUGAGAACUGUUAUUUUUGAGGGGGUUGUGUCCAUUUUUUGUUUAAUUUUUGUUUCUCUGUGGCAGUUUUUGGGGAUUUAGCCAUCAGACAGCAUGAUCUGUUCAAAAAAAAAAAAAAAAAAGGGGGAGAAAGGAACACACGGCCGUUUGGAAAGAUGUUUACCGAGGAGCCGUCAUGCAUCACCUAAUGUCAGUCUGCUUUUUGUUUACAGUGUGAUCACCUCCUCCUCCUUCUUAACUGACACCCAGGCUGUUAAUUUCAUAGGAAACAUUGGCUUUUCACGAUGGUUUGUGGAAGAUGGAAGGGCAUGAUUUGAGUUCCACUGAGCAUUCGAAGCUCACCUGUAAAGUGAGAUACAUGAAUGUAAUCCUGUUCAUGUUUUGAUAUCGGCAUUACCUUCGAUCAGUGAUUGUUUUGUAUAACGUUUCUUUGGGAAAAUAGUGGUAUUGAGCAGUUUGCUGUGUUCCUCAGAUCUAGUUUAUGCGUCGUCUCUCGAUGCCGGAGCAGCCGAUUCUCCAGGAUUUGUUGUGGCUGGAUGAAGCCGCUGUGGUUCCGUACGUCCGAGGACUCCCAGCUUGGAUUCGACCGGGCACUGCCAAAAGGUUUCCUCACCCUUCUGGACCAAAUUAGAACCGGUUAGGCCAUAUUGUUCACUGGAUUUAAAUGAUGUCGAGGUAACCGGACGUUACCCUUACUUUCCAGAUUUUUUACAGUGCCUUGCUGUUACUCUUUUUUAAGGUGCAUAAACUUUGCAAUCCUUGGAUCCAAAAGCUUCGACCCUGUCAAUCUCACUCUCGAGCUCCAGUGGAAAAAGGGGACCUAUUGCGAUCGUUCCCUUUUUAUUUUUCUCAUGACUCGGUUUAACUCUCAUUAAGAAAACCAAUUCUUUCUGAUUGGCCAGCUUCCUUUCUUAUACACAAUUUACUGCUUGUAAUUUGACACCAGCCUCUUGUUUGGCCAACUGCUGUGCCUUUGAGCAGAUGUAAAACAGCAUUCCCACCAAGGUUUCCCUCUCCAAGAGGAGCUCGUACUACGUCCCCUUUGACGGAUUUGUCUCUACUUGAGUCGGUUUUACUAAAACAAAGUGUCCCGUCAGACACACUCGACCUUCUGAUUGAACCACAAUAGUUUGAACGUUUAAGGGAAAAAAAAAAAAGUCACCUCAUGGUGACAGUACGCCAAACACCAACCACACUGAUUGUCCGCGCUCAUGCCCUCAAGCUGGCAUUUUGUUUACAACGAUGUACAUUAACUUACUGAGGAAUGUUUUUCUUUGUUUCGGUUCUUAAGUGCCAAGUGUUGCUGUUGAGUUCCCAUCGAUGUAGCUAGCAUAAUGUUUGCAGAAGAGUGCUGUUAUUUUUGACUCCCCCCCCCCCCCCCCCCCCCCCCCUCGUCAUUGGAACAUAUUGGGAUGGUGUUGUGUUUACAAGGUCCCAGCUGAUCACCACCAAGCAGCAGAUGGUCAGCUGGGCUGAUACUGUGUUAUUCACACGUUUAUUUAUUUGUUAAAUUUUAUUGAGUGGCACUUAUCCCAUGAUCAUUUGGAUUCCUCUUAUUUUUUUUGUUUUAUUUUUUUUUACUUUUAAUUUUCUAACCAGGAAGGAUUAUGUGAAUGUGUUGUGUUGGGAAAAGGUUUAACAAAAAAGAAAAAAAAAAAAAAAACCCGAACCAUUUGACCAUGUCGUGCUGUCAUGUCGCCUACCUGGGGGAAAAAGAAAAAAACAAAAAAAAUUGUAUUGUUUGUGGAUCGCUCUGGCGUUGUGAAAUCAGUUCUCGAGUUGCUUUUAUGAGUUUGUAUAGAAGGAAGAGAAGGUUUUAAGAAAAAAAAAAAAAAAGGUGAAAAAAGUGCUUUGUUUUACAUUUUUAUUGUUCCACCAUGUUUCUUUUCUUUAUCCAGAGUGGUGGCGGCAGCGUCACGCUCCACACUCUUGAUCAUCACUAUUAAAGAAAGUCUUGCUGGUGGCA